AUGAACUUCCUCAUGACCUUGUUCGUUGGCCUUGCCACUCUCACCUGGGGCGUCUUGGCCAACGCCCCCCUGACUCGGGACAUCCACUGGGCAAACACGACCACUACCACGACCACGACCACGACAACCGCUACCGUUAAGCCGUCUGUCUGGUGCGGCACCGGUAUUCCCUCUGGAAACCUGACUACUGCCUCCAAGACUACAUCCGCUGAGCCCACCGUCUACACAAUCCCGUCCAACUACACCGUACCGGGCAACGGGUCCGUCGAGCCGAUCCACUGGCACCUGUACAGCCUUCAGGCGUUCGCUGACAGGGAGAAACAAAUCGCUCAUUAUGCAUUCCAGGCCGUCAUCCAGCCCAACAUCAAUACGGUGGUGUGCGACGAGGCUGCGCACUCCUCCCAUGGCAAGCUCGAUGGGUUUGAUCACGCUGAAUGCAAGGCGCCAGCCGGAUUACCCCCCAAGGACGGUUCGAUCCCCGUCACGUUCCACUUCGCCUGGAGGUCCAAGGUGCACAACAACCUCGGCAAGAGGGGAGACCUCCUGAUUAUCAAGUCCAACUCACCUGGAAGUGCCCACGCCUGUCCGAACCCCCCCUACGAUGCCUGCUGGGCCCAGGGUCUGUACUGGAUCUCUGAGCGCGAUAUCAAGCCGACGGAUGCGGGACACAGGUACAUGGGUCCGGAGACGGUCCACCUCAAUGGCACCUACUGCCGUACUGGCAUGCCCGAGUGUGUCUGGUCUGAGUAUCUGUACUGA